AUGAAGUUUCUUUCCAUCAUCUUCUUCGUAUUUGUUCCUAAUGUUGGGUCUGUUAUAUCCGGAGGGCUCAAACCCGACAACAUAUUCCUUUUAGCAGGACAAAGCAACAUGGCUGGACGGGGAGGCAUUUACAAUGACACCAAAACCAACUUGCUCAAGUGGGAUGGAAUGUUUCCUCCACAAUGCAAUCCCACCCCUAACAUCCUCACACUAUCUUUAAACAAGACUUGGGACAUAGCUAGUGAACCUCUCCAUAAGGACAUUGAUCAUUUGAAGACCUGCGGGGUGGGACCAGGCAUGCCCUUUUCCAAUCAAAUAUUGGCAGAACGUCCAAACUUUGGAGUGAUUGGUCUGGUCCCUUGCGCAAUUGGAGGAACAAAGAUAGAAAUGUGGCAAAAGGGUACUAUACUAUACAAUCAAUUGGUUGAUAGAGCAAAAGCUGCGAGGGAAAGUGUUGGUGGUAAUAUUCGUGCACUGCUUUGGUAUCAAGGAGAGAGUGAUUGUGGAGAGCAAGACUCUAUGCUCUAUAAAGGACGGCUGGAGAAGUUCUUCAAUGAUCUUCGAGACGAUCUUUACUCUCCUGACCUCCCCAUUCUUUUGGUUGUAAUUUGUUCUGGAGAAGGAAACUUUCUAAGCAAUGUAAGAGAUGCUCAACUGAAUAUAAACCUGAAGAAUGUCGUGCCCGUUGAUUCCAAGGGAUCAACCCUUUUAGCAGAUCACCUGCAUUUGGAUACAAAUUCUGCUGUUCGCAUUGGUCAGAAGCUAGCUGAUAGUUUUCUAAACAACUUUUAUCACUAA